AUGGCUCAGCGACUCACCCGCGAGUGUUUCAAGCAGUGGAUCCAGGGGCUCGAUGCAUUCCUUUUUGACUGCGAUGGAGUUUUGUGGCGUGGAAGUGCUCCUAUUGAGGGUGCGGCGAACAUGAUCCAACUUUUGCGGCAGCUCCAGAAGCGCAUUAUGUUUGUAACCAACAAUGCCACGAAUAGCCGAGCUACUUACGUGAAAAAACUCGCGUCACAGGGCAUCCCCGCUGUGGAGACCGAUAUUGUCACCUCUGCAUGGGCUACGGUGCAAUACCUGAAGCAGCACAAGGUUGAAGGCAAAGUGUACAUGGUGGGUGAGGCAGGUCUCCAGACGGAGCUAGAGAUGGGAGGGUACCAAGUCAGUGGCAUGGAGCACAGCGAUAUCAAGGGACUUCCGCACGUGCCAGACAUUGACAUAGAGACAAAAGCUGUUGUCUGUGGACUAGACCGGUACCUUUCAUACUACAAGAUGGCGCACGCUACGGCGUGCGUGCGUCAGAUUCCGGGUUGCCACUUUAUUGCCACCAACCCAGACUCGACGUACCCGAUAGACGGCGCCAUCGUCCCGGGCGGUGGCUCUCUGGUCCACAUGCUUGAGUGCGCUAUUGGCCAUCCUCCUGAAGCAGUGUGUGGCAAACCGUCGCAGGACUUGCUCCAGACCAUUAUCACCACUUAUAAGCUAGUCCCUUCGCGCACGUGCAUGGUGGGUGAUCGUCUUUCGACGGACAUUGAGUUCGGUAACGCUGGUGGUCUGCAAACAUUACUGGUGCUGACUGGCAUCACGACCGAGUCCGAACUAGGCAGCAUUUCGAAUGCUGUUCACGUGCCUGACCACUACGUCGACUCCGUUGACGCGAUCAACCAGUUUCAUGCUGAAACAAGUAUGUAG